AUGUUCAUAUUUGACUCGUCGGAGACUUUCAUGCCGUUGGGCUCAUUGUAUCCCGUGAUUCUUCGACUCGUUUUGUUUGUCUUCUGCUUUGUUUGUGUGAAACGAUACUUUGCUGUCGUCAUGGAACGACGCAAAAGAAGGAAGGAGUCUGACGGUCCCAGCGAUGUAGGCAAUAGGAUGUCUAAAACAGAAGAUGCGGCUACAGAACACCUUACAGCUGGAGCAGACUCAGAGUCCAGCAGUACAGCAGAAGGUCGUGCAGAAAGGAUCGCAAGGUAUAAAAGGCAGAGACGGGAAGAGCUGUCAUCAAAAUAUGGUGGAGGGGCUUCGGCUGCAGCACCCUGUGCAUCCAGUGCAGCGAGCAAUCCAAAGGGUGAUUCCUCUAAAGAACACGUCACAGUGCCAGAAAGAAAAUCGAGCAUUCCGAAUGUCCGUAUGACAAAAGCUGCGAGACUACGUGCACUUCAAAUUUCUGCAAAUGCUCAUGCUGCAAUGGAUCCAUACUCCAAAGUAGAACACAGUAGUCAUCGUCAGCCACAGCCCACUUCCGACAGGCAUGGUUUGAAACCCUUAGAUGUGAAUGACAACGUCCAAACAUCAAAACACACUGCCAGUCGUGGAGGGCGUGUUGCCAAUGGGACAGCAAAUCAUGGGAGCGUGAUGGACAGGGGCUGUAAACCAAAGUCUUCUGUCAACGGAGUAUCCACCCACGCACCAAUGUCGUCUGCUGUACCAUCAUCGGGCGGAAGCAAAGAACACCUUGCUGCUCCACGAGUCAAGCACUUCGAGCGCAACACUCCUACCAGGGGGAGCUUGCCUCUCCCUCGCCGUCGGUCUUCUGACGUUAGUAGACGGACUCCGCCUCCUGAGGUGAUCAAAGUAUCAAGUGCUUCAGUGAACGUCCAACCUCCUCCUCUUCCUGACCCUCCAGUUGGCCAGCAUAGUGAAGAACCAACAACAGGGCCCCCUGUAGCAGUAUAUACCGUGACAAUCCAUACGACUUCCACAACUUUCUCUCAGUCCACCGCCGAGUCUUCCUCGUCGCCACCUGAAGCCACUUCAUCAACCGAGCAGCCCGUCUUAAAAUCUGAAGAGAGGAGGGCAUCUUUUUCUGAAACGGUGCACAGCAUCUUGAAAGCGAGGGACGACGACUCCGCCGCGGAUGAACGGAAGCCCCGUCACUCUAUAUUAAAAAAGACAGAGGAACGCGGCACCACUCCUUCGGGACUCCACUCGAUUUUAAAGAGGAGCGGCAGUGAGGAAGGUGAUCCACCAGUUGGAGUCGAAGUCCAGUCCAUUCUUAAGUUUAAAGCAGACGACGCCCCACGGCCCCCAAGCGGCCCAAAGCCGAUUCUGAAAAAGCAUGAAGAAAGUAGAGAAUCGCCUGUCGAGCCAAAGCCCAUUCUGAAGAGGAAGAGCGUCGACGUAGAUGGGGAAGGCAAGCCGAGGCCAAUAUUGAAGACUCAACAAAGACGUUGGAGUCAGGAACAUGAACCAACUCCUUCCGACGACAUCGUAGUAAGACGACGUUCGAGAUCGACGGAACUAGAUGCCAAGCCAACGCUAAGGUUUUCAAACGAGCCUGAGGGGGGAUUGCUACAAAAUUUAGGAGGAGGAGGAGACUGUGGUCGCCUGCCAUUGCCGCCACAGUAUCGUAGGCCGUUACCUGACGCAAAAACUGGAGGCGGCGACGAACGAAAGUUCGCCGUCGAAAGCGACGAAAGUUCCUCCGAGGAAUUCAAAGACUUGUCAAAGGGCGAUCAUGUCGCUGCGGUGAACGUAGAGUUGUUGAAAGCUGUCCAGGGAGCCAGUUGCAGUUCUGCAAAGCCAUCUCACGUGUACAAUUUGGACUGUCAGGACACUCCCCAGGCUAUAUCUCCUCUUUUAAGAAGUGAUCCGGACCUUCAUCCAUCUUCUAUUCCGGUUUCGAAGCAAAUAUCCCGACUUGCGUCGGAAAAGAAACCUGUGCCAUCAGAAGCUCAAAAUAAGUCUGAGGAGUUUGUUGAACAGCAGACGUCAACUUCACACCUGUUCCUUCAACGGCUGAGGCACCGAACCGUGCCGGUUACGGCAGACGAAAUGUCGGCAGCAUCCAAAAGAGAGACAACUAGUCAGGCAGAAGGUGCUGUGGCCACGGAAGACAAGCUUUCGAAAUUGAGCGUGGCCGAUAAAGUGUCUUUGUUCAAGAAGACAACAACUCCUGAACCAACUCGAACUCAAAAGCCCCGUUAUGCGCCAGCAGCACGUCGCUCCAAUCCUCGCUCCCUCACACAGCCAGUCACCACUGAGGAAGUGGAGCAAGCGAAACGUGAAGCCGAAGCAUCUGCAAAGGAGAAGGAGGAAGGAGACAGCCUAUCACAAAUGUCUCUUGCGGAGAAGUUACGUAUGUUCAAUGAAAAGGUGACGGUAGAUAUGCUGAAACAACGACCAGUUUCGAGAUUACAGAGUACAAAGAGAGCUACGGAAGAAUCUGGAGAGGGUGCCCCACCCCCAGCGAGGCCCAGGGCACAAACUUCACCAACCCCUGAGGUCUCUUCUAAAAUCACUGAGCCGAGUACAGCAAGUGUUGCCAAAGGGAUUCUGAAAAACCCGGCCAGCCCAAGGUUACCCAUCAAAGGUAUUCUUAAAUCCGACCAUACAGAGCAUUCUGAGCCCAAAGACGAUGUCAAAAGCAUCUUGAAACCAGAUCAUGAAACUGGUCGUGUUUCGCCUGCAAAGCCCAUCUUGAAGGCUGAGCAAAAGGACGAAUCUUCAGAAACCAGCGAAUCUUCAUCUUCUGAGGAAGAUUCUGAAGAAGAAUCUGGUACUUCCUCUGAAAGUGAUUCUUCAGAUGAAAACGAAGAGGUGGACACCAAAAAGAUCUUGGCACCUGGAACAAAACACCUAGUUGUACGUUCACCAGUGCCACAGAAGAAAGCUAUUUCCAAUCCCGCCGUUCAACGUAUGUUGAAUGCGUCUCUGCGGAGGAAGGGUGAAGAUGAAAGGAGUGUGCAAGUGCUGAGCUCGGAGACCCGGCUGAGAUCCCUGUCGGCCAAUGCCAGCGACAUGGUAGAGACCAACAAGCUGUACACGCGUGACACGAAUCAGACACAACCGAUCACCGUGGAUGAGUGGCGGACAUGCAGUGGGGGUAUUGCACAGAGGUUGGAGUCACUUCGUAAAAGUGAAGACAACUGGAAAGGGCGCCUGAAGAAGGACGAGCUGACCGCGGCGGAUGUUGCAGCGUCAACUCCAGUAUCCGUCCUGCGCAAAGAUGCCAAGAUAAUUGAAGUAAAAAAAUCCCCUUCGAUCGGGGAUCGCAAGACGUGGCUAGAGUCUUCAUCGGAGACCUGGCGGCAGAGGGUCCAGGAAUCUGACGCCGUCCAGUUCACAGUGGCUGGAAAAAUGGGCUGCACGGAGCCUUCUGUGAAGGACUUGCUCCUGACCGAGAGGAAGAAGAGGGCGCCUAAGCCAGAUACCUUCUCCUCACCUCAGCCUGAAGUGUUGAGGCGUAUCCAGCAACAAGGAACGCCCAUUCUGCCCCUCUUGCUCAAGAGCAAGUCUAUGCCCAAUGCUGCAGCCCAAGAAUUGCGGUUCCGGAUUAAGGCUGAAGUGCAAGACCAGCCAAGGGUGCUCAUUCCAAAGGCAGACAACGAGACAUUUACAUCGUUCUUUGAGAGCGUGGUUCCACUGUCCAAGCAAGAAAGCCAUGUGGAGAUCAGUGAAUCGGCAUUUGAUGAAGUCAAGUCCACAAAUGUCAAACUUGCCCAGCGAAAGAAAGUAGUCAUGAAAAGAAAACAGCAGACAAAGGGAAACCCCCUCCGAGCUCUGGCUUCCAGGACUGACCUGCAUCAAGAAUACACUGAAGUCCGCUCGGACGUUGCAGAACGGGAACUGCAGCGCAUAAACGUGGAAAAACUUGCAAAGACAUCAGACUUGGCGGUCUCCGCUCUUGCGGGACUGGCCAGCACGGAGGACUUCCGCAGCGUCCAGUUGAAGAAACGAGACUUCACUGCAUCCGGCCUUUUGCCCAACAGAGACCUGGCACUGGUUCAGGUGAAAGGGAGGCGGCACGUUCAGACGAGACUCGUUGAACCUGCGGUGUCGUCCAUAAACCACGGUGACGUUUUCAUCCUGGUCACCCCGGCAACGAUCUACUUGUGGAUCGGCCAGCACAGUAAUGUAAUUGAGAGAUCGAAGGCAGCCGAUGUUGCAGCCAGUAUCCAAGCAAAGAAAGACCUGCAUUUCAAGGGAAGUUCGGAAGUAAAGGUGAUCGAUGAAGAGAAAGGAGGGAAUUCGGCGGAUGAGCGCACUUUCUUCAAGCUUCUCGGCGGAACUGUGGAGGACUGUAGUCCAGCUGGAGAUCCUGGUGACGACCUGCGAUUCGAAGCGGCCAUUAUAGACACCAACAUGGUCUACGUGGUAGAGGGUGAGGCAUUGGUUCCAUGUGACAAGUAUUGGGGGAUGCAACCUCGUUUCGAGAUGCUACAACCUGACAAGGCCUUCGUGUUCAACUUCGGCAGCGAACUGUACGUGUGGCUCGGCAAGCAGGUCCCACACGAGCAGAGGGUGGUCGCUGUGAGGCUCGCCGAGGAACGCAGCAGGGAAGGGUUUGACUACUCCGAGUGCGACAUAAAUCCUUUGUGCCCUAAAGUGGGCGUUACCACGGGCUCCCCUCGUGACACGAAAGACCAAGACCGGCCAAACUGGACACUCCUUGCUAAGGUGAACCAGCACAUGGAGCCUGUGCUGUUCAGAGAGAAGUUCCUCGAUUGGCCUGACGACACUAAGCUGAUCAGGGUGAAAAAGCAAGCCCAGGAGGAGAGCAAGACUGCAGCCAGUGAAUCCGAGCUAAAGCCAUACGAUGCAAAGAUACUACUGCAAAACAAACCAGAUGAGCCGGACUUGGAGUUGUCAGGAUCUCAUUUAGGCCGGGGACUGAAGUACGUCGAUACUGUUGAACAGCGGAACUACGAGAUUGCCACACUUGGAGUCAAGGUAUGGCACACAACGGAGUAUGAACAUCGUGCUCUUCCCAAAACUAGUUACGGACAAUUUCACAGCGGAGACACUUACGUUAUUCGCUGGCAGUACAUGGUUACUCAAACUGGACGACAGUUAACUGGAGAGAGGUCGAGGCACAUUCCUACGGGUCGAGAACGUUGUGCCUACUUCUUCUGGCAAGGAAGGGGUUCCACGGUUACCGAACAGGGUGCCUGCGCUCGCCUCACCGUUGAGCUGGACGAGGAGAGGGGACCUCACGUUCGUGUCCUGGAGGGAAAAGAACCACCAUGUUUCCUCAACUUAUUCAAAGGAAAGAUGGUAAUUCACAGGGGAAAACGGGAGGUGCCAAUCCCCUCAAGUUCCAACUGGCGGAUGUACUUUGUGAGGGGAGAGGUGUCCCACGAGGCAGCCUUGGUUGAAGUGUCGACGCCCGGAACUCAACACUUGCGCAGCCGUGCAUCUUACGUCAUCCUGCAUUCUAAGUCUAACUCUGAAGUUGACAGCAUAUACCUGUGGCACGGGGCAUGUUCGGCAAAACACACUCGGGAAGUGGCUGAUCAUGCUUCUGACGAAUUGCUUGAAGAGUGGCCCGAAGAGAUGCGUCUCAAGCUGGGUUCUGACCCAGAAAUCAUUGAACUCGAUGAAGGCACUGAGCCCAGUGAAUUCUGGGAAGGCCUUGGCGGAGACCAUAAACGGAAGCAGCAUCUUUUCCACUCCUUACUUGACUCUAAACUUAAAUACGACUUCACGCCGCGGCUAUUCCAUGCAACUGCUGUGUCCAAAACAUUUGAGGUCCAGGAAGUAUUGUGCGCAUGGCGCAGGACUGACGUGCCAUGUGCCUAUCCCUUUCUGCAGUCAGACUUGUAUGAUGUACAACAACCAGCUGUGUUCUUCCUCGACAACAAGCACGAGAUGUACAUAUGGCAGGGCUGGUGGCCGCAGGACCUCUUAGACGAUGGCGUGACAUCUGCAAGCUCCGAGAAAGUCCGCUGGAAUACGACGAGACGUUUGGCUAUGGAAACGGCACUCCAUUAUGCUCAAGAGGCCAACCCAAGCAACCCUCCCACAGUGUACCUGGUGUUUGCUGGCCUGGAACCCGUGGAGUUCACAAGCUUGUUCCCAGUUUGGGAGGAUCACGAUGACAUAGCACAGGUUUUGAUGAAGGAGGGUAAAAGUCAAGGCGAGAAGCGAUCAGUUCAGGAGACCCUGGCAGAGCUCACUAAAGUUCAUUACUCCCUAGAAGAGCUCAAACAAGACCCACUGCCUGAAGGUGUUGAUCCCAGGAGGUUGGAAGCUUAUCUCUCUGACGAUGAGUUUGAGACUGUAUUUGAGUGCUCGAAGAACAAGUUCUAUGAGCUUCCAGUCUGGAAACAGAACAAGCAAAAAGAGCAAGUGGGCCUUUUUUAAUUCCGCCAUGGCCUUAUUACCCACGUCUUCUCUGCUGUGCCAAUGGUGCCUCACUGCCUUUGCCAAAUGCCUUUUCUGGACUCAACUGGGGCAAUUGCCAUUUGUUUGUGCUGCCUGGCACAAGCAAAAAGCGCCUUAUUUUAUUGCAUACCGGCAGGUGAACUUUUAGUUUAUUUAUUUUGACAAUUCUAUAGGCCCUAUUGGGUUAUAACUUGAAUAUAAUAUAGAAAUAAAUGAGAUUUUAUGGAAUGAUAACUAUUGGGCCUCCACCUUAAAUUACAUGUGGCUGUAGUACAAUUUUCAAUUGCAUGAAUACGUUGUGACAUAAUUUUUGGGGGGGUGCUGUUGAUAUAAGUUGUCUAUAUCAUACUCUUGCAGGAAUACAUACGGACAACACAAAAUAAAUUGAAUGUGCUACAAAACUGACCUAAUGAGUACUUUAAAUGGCAGCAUUUGGAAUGACAGUUGUGAAGGAUAAAUCAACAAUAAGAUCAUAUGUUCACAAGGUCACAUGUUUGCCUUGUAUUGAAUAGGGUCGUAAUUUCACUUGUUGAAAAAAUUUGUGCAUCAAUCGCUCUGUUAAACUGUCCUUCACAACCUUUUUCAAAUUUGGAAAUAUUUCUAUGAUUUUUGUCAGGGUUGUACCUUGAAAAGAAAGUACAUUUACUAGCAUACAGUGAUUUCUCAGCAGAGUUUCUAUGGGAGUUGCUUCUGUAUAUACACUAAUGUAAUUAAUGACACUGUGGCCUUGAAAUAGUGAGUACAUGUACACUGAUGCAAUAUUACCUGCCAUUAGAGGUAACAAAUAAGACUUUUGCCACUCACGAUAUGUGUACCACAUGAUCAUUUGAGAACAUGCGUGAUCAGUCACCGGAUGGCCAAAACUUAGUUAUUUUCGUAAUAUAUAUAUAUAUAUGUAUGUAAAAGCAUUAAAUCUGCAUGUGCCACUUUUGGAAGUGCAGUACAGGGUGUUGCAACUUGUAAAAUACUAAAUAUAUGAAGUGUUGAAAAUGUGGCUUGAAUAUGAUUGACUGCCUAGAAAUGGUGUUGUGCAAUUGUCUGUAGAUACUUUUUAUCAGAAUUUAGAGAAUGAGCUUAUGUGCAAUUUGUGUGUGCAUGAUUAAGGCAAAUGAGAGUUUGUACGAUCAAUUGCACUGUAAAUUUUGAUAUAACGAAUUUUAACGGUUUACUGCAUUUUGCCAGUGUGAUGUUCCUUUUUAGCAUUUUCUUUUCAUUUCUUUGCAGACAACCCAUAUUUUCUAGAUGAGAAAAAUGGUUCCCUAUGGGUGUUUUUUUUUAUCAGCUUAUUUAUUUUCCGUCCAGAAGUUGCAUUUUAAGAUAUAUUUUAUUCCUUCAUUGUGAUGAAUUUGUUCCAUCUGAGGGAGUGUGAUGCAACUCUGGUGGGUGGGAAUAAGAAUUUCCUGUGUAUUACUCCAUAGCUUUUACGAUCUGCUCAUUUUUUACUGAUUUGUGCUGGACUGCGUCGCUUGUAAAUAAAAUGUGAACGUCGUCUUACGAA